AUGAAAUUGCUUGUACUUGCACUUGAAAAACUGAAGGAGGCUUACUCAGUCAAGGGUCGUCUUAAUCAGUUGCAGCGUGAGGAGCUUGUCCUCAUUGAACAGGUGUAUGACAAUCCGCACGAAUGUCUGUUGCACAUCAAGCAAUUGCUUGUUACCCAGUGUGCAUUCAAGGAGGCUGGUAUUGAGUUCUUUGACACGUACGACAAACUCAUUCCGUGCUAUGACAUUGAGCCCAUUGAGAAGAUCACCGACACUUAUCUCGAUCAAUUCCUCUUCUUCGAGGCAGAUAAAAGAGGGUUGUUCCCUGCCUGGAUCAAACCUGCCAACACAGAGCCACCGCUGUUGCUUGUGUACAAGUGGUGCCAAGGCAUCAACAACUUGACAGAUAUCUGGGAGACGAGCGAGGGCGAGUGCAACAUGAUGAUGGAGACCAUCUUCUCCAAGGUGUAUGAGAAGAUCGACCUGACCUUGCUGAACCGUCUCCUCCGUCUCAUUCUUGAUCACAACUUGGCAGACUACAUCACUGCGAAGAACAACACCGUGCUGACCUACAAGGACAUGGCACAUAUGAAUGCAUUUGGUCUCAUCCGUGGUCUUCAGUUCUCUGCCUUCAUCUUCCAGUACUACGGUCUCGUCCUUGAUCUCCUCAUUCUUGGCUUGCAGCGAGCUAGCGAGAUGGUGGGUCCUCCACAGAUGCCUAACAACUUUUUGCAGUAUUGCAACUCAGCAACCGAGACUCGUCACCCCAUCCACUUAUACUCCCGUUAUGUUGAUCGCUUACACAUUCUCUUCCGCUUCAGUGUGGAUGAGGCAAGGGACUUGAUCCAACGCUAUCUUAGCGCCAACCCUGACCUGACCAACAACAACGUCAUCGGGUAUAACAACAAAUGCUGCUGGCCUCGAGAUUGUCGUAUGUGUCUCAUCAAACAUGAUAUUAACCUUGGAAGAGCAGUUUUCUGGAAUGUUAAGAACAGCCUGCCGCGCUCACUCACCACCAUCGAGUGGGAGGCCACCUUUGUCAGUGUUUACUCAAAGGACAACCCACAGUUGUUGUUCUUGAUGUGCGGGUUCGAGACCAAAGAGAGAACUGCGCAGGCGUUCCUCCGUGUCUCCGAUGACGGUGUCCAGCAAUUCAAUAACUGUAUUUGUCAGGUCCUUAUGAGCUCCGGUUCCACCACUUUCUUGAAGAUCGUCAACAAGUGGAACACUGCGUUGAUCGGUUUGAUAACCUACUACCAUGAGGCUGUCAUCCACACAAAUGAGCUUUUGGGCUCUCUUGUCAAGGCAGAGAACAAGAUUCAAACUCAUGUCAAGAUCAGCUUAAACAGUAAGAUGCCAUCCCAUUUCCCUCCUGUUGUCUUCUACACACCAAAGGAGCUUGGUGGUCUUGGAAUUUUUUUGAUGGGUCACGUUCUUAUCCCGCAGAGUGACUUGUGA